UUGACAGACGCUGUUAAAUUUUAUUGAUAAAUUUUUCUUAGAUUUAUGAACAAUUAUUUUGAUUUUUCUUAUUACAAUGCUGUGCUUGUUGUAAUAGUGCAACUUCUCUUGCUGGCAACGAAUAUAUAACGAAGGAAAAUAAAAUGUCUGAGGCAGACAUAAUAUUUGAUGAGGAACUUUCUCCAGAUUUAUUCUCAGAUAUAGAAUUGUCAACAAAUGUGAACAAUACUGUUAAUUCAGACUCAAGUUCCAUGUCUAUUGGUAUUAAUGAACCAGAACCUUCUGAUGAUGUACCUGAAUGGAAAGGUAUGAGCAUGGAUGAAAUACGUAAAGGCCUUGGCAUGUAUGAAUACCAAGAACAUCCACCAAUUGUUGUUUCUUCUCAUCAUACAGUGUUAUUUAAGUUGCCAUUAUCUACAUGUGGACCACCAAAGCCGUAUCCAAUACAACAAAUAGAUAAAUGGAAUCCAAAUUAUGUACGAAUGCCAUGUUCUAUACAUAGUUUAUAUCCAAUAGAACAGAGAGGUGGAAAUCGCUCUUAUCGAAAUAGAUGGGAGAUGAUUCAAGAAGCUUUGUUAAAGAGCAUUCUUUCCAGCCAACAAUUAGAAGAUGCUAUACUCUCGUACAAUCAAAUAUAUGCACAACGUUGGAAUUUUGCAGCACUCCAUCACUUUUUCUCAGAGGUCCUGGACUCAGAAGAAAGAACCGUCUUCUUUGAAACUUUAAUGCCAAAGAUAGUCCAACUUGCUUUGCAACUUCCUGUGUUGUUAACUGGUGCAGUACCUCUCUUGAAACGCCAUAUCAAUACUUCUAUUAGUUUAAGUCAAUUGCAAGUAGCUUCGCUACUGGCAAAUGCAUUUUUUUGUACAUUUCCUAGACGCAAUUCCAGUAAUCCACAAUCGGAGUAUGCAACGUAUCCGUAUAUUAAUUUUAAUAGACUGUUUGCUGCUUAUAGUGAAGAAAAACAUAAUCAAUGUGAGUCAGUGAUGGAAAAAAUCAAAUGUCUUCUUCAUUACUUUAGAAGGGUAACAUCUAAAGCACCUGAAGGUAUAAUAACAAUUGAACGGCGUUACAUUCCACUGGAAAAUUGUCCAAAAUGGAACUUGCAAGAUAAGAAAUUGCCACCGUUGCACGUAACGAGUAAGGGGACCAUUGAAAAUGAAGGAGCAGGGCUGCUCCAAGUGGACUUUGCAAAUAAAUACAUAGGCGGUGGUGUGCUGGGCCUAGGUUGUGUACAAGAAGAAAUACGAUUUGUCAUAUGUCCAGAACUUAUGGUUACUAUGUUGGUUACGGAAGAGUUAGACGAUACUGAAGCGCUCAUCGUUAGCGGUAUUGAACGAUAUAGUAAAUAUGAAGGUUACAGUAAUACUUUCAAAUGGAGAGGAGAUUUUGUUGACGAAACACCCAGAGACAAUAGCGGCAGGCGUAUGACGUCAAUCGUCGCCAUUGAUGCCCUUUAUUUCAGACAGCCCUUGCUACAGUUCAAUAUGGACAACAUAACCCGUGAACUUAAUAAGGCUUAUGUUGGAUUUAUUGGAUCUGAUAUUUAUAAGAAUAAUCUGUCCGCCAUUGCAACGGGAAACUGGGGAUGUGGAGCAUUUCGUGGAAAUCCGAAAUUGAAAGUAUUGAUACAAUUAAUGGCUGCUGCAGUUGCAACUCGAUCCAUGGUUUACUUUACUUUCGGAGACACAAAGUUAAGGGAUGAUGUGGCAGCGAUGUAUGCGCAUUUAGUUCAGCAUGAUAUCGAUAUAGCACGGCUUUACUCAAUGCUAUCUGAGUAUCGUCGAGAGUCUGCAUCGAAUAUUCAUUCGGAUUUUUAUUGUUUCUUGUACAACAGAAGUAGGAUAAAACUAUCGAGCACAUAUUUCCCAGCAAAGAGUGAAAGCUCUUUGGCAAAGAUUCCUGCCAAAUAUUUGACAGACACAUUAUUUAAAAGAAACAAAAUUGUGAGCUCAAGUAAAGAUGUUGACAACAAGCGAUAUCUUUAUUUUAAAACUAAGGAACAGAAAAUGACGGAAGAGGAAAAGAUAAUUAAUUGGCUAGCGAGUUGUGAUGACGAUAGCGACGAUAAUAUUAAAUUAAAUAUAAAGGAUGCAUUAAAUGAAAAAACCAAGAGUGAUCCAAAGGAAACAAGUGAUUGUAAAAAUAACGAUUUACAUGACAAUUGUCUUAUAGAUAACACCGUUGAAGCAAUGAACAAAAAAUGUACUAAUAUAGUAUUUGGAUCUAGUCCAUCAGGAGAUAUGAAUGAAAAGUUUUGGGAUAUUUUGGCAUUCACUCAACAAGUAUCAAGACUGAUGGUAUCUGAAAUUAGGAGAAGAGCAAGCAACCAGAGCACUGAGACAGCGAGUUGUGCUAUUGUGAAAUUUUUAGAAAUUGAAAAUAGCGAAGAGUCGAGUAAUGGCUGGAUGUUGCUGUCCGCAUUGAAUUUGCUGGCAGCGGGUGAUACCUCUCUGAUACAAGCAAUGACUGCUGCCUCAGUUCCAUCAACUUUAGUGAAAUGUUUAUACUUAUUCUUUGAUUUACCCGAGAUGAAUGAGGAAGAUGCUGAUAUUACAGAUACAAAUAGCGAAUUUACUCCUAGAGAGCGUAGGAUACUGUUACAAAAAAUAUUCGUUCAGUUAUUGGUGAGAUUAUGUAGUCAUCCGUAUCCUGCAGAAGAACUCGCUCGUAAAGAUGAUCUUACCUUAUUAUUCUCAGCAAUAACAAGUUGGUGUCCACAGUACAAUAUUAUGUGGCGUAAAAGUGCCGCCGAAGUUUUGAUGACAUUAUCUCGACAUGGUCUUACACAGAAUGUAGUAGCUUAUAUUCAUAAUAAAGGAUGCAUAGCACUCUGUAUCGAUAAUAUGCAACGUGUACCUGAACUGGCACCAUUAGAAGUUGUAGAAAUGUUCGUAACAGUGUUCUGUUUUCUAAAAGAUUCUAGUGAGGUUUCUCAAACGCUACUAGAUGACUUUCGCGCUUGUCAGGGAUAUAUCUUUUUGUCUGAAUUUCUGUUAAAACAUGCGCCAUCAAGAUUAGAGCAGGAUAAUAGAGCAGAAGCACAAGAUGCUAUUCGAAAUUUGGUACUAAUGUUAGCAUCUUUAACAAUGUGUGGUCAUACAGAGCUUAAACCAAGUCAAGCUAGUAUGGGAUCCUUAUUUCAAAUGCUUGGAUUUACCUUACCACAACCUAGUAACAGAGGAGGAAGCGUUCGAAAUAUUCAAGCAUUCCAAGUAUUGCAAUCUGUAUUUGUAAAAUCCAAUUCACCGCUUUUGUGUUGUACUAUAUUGGACGCAAUAUCCAGCGUGUAUCACAGCGAUAAUGCGAAUUAUUUCAUUCUUGAGGGUCAAAAUACCUUGUCGCAAUUUGCAGAAAAAAUUUAUUUAAAAAAUCUGGAGAUACAAGAAAAAUUUUUUCAGUUGUUGGAAUUUAUAGUUUUUCAACUUAAUUUUGUUCCGUGUAAGGAACUCAUAUCUCUGUCCAUUUUACUGAAAACGAACAACUCAGUCUCUUGUAGUAUUAUGUGUAUGGAAACUCUUCUUAAUAUACUCAGACACAACACUAUAUUUAAAGAUGUUUAUAGAGAAGUCGGUAUGCUAGAAGUUUUUGUGACUUGUCUUCAUCGAUAUGCGACAUUACUUAAGGAUAAGCAAGCUGCAAUUGAUCAAGGAUUAGAAUACAUAAUAUGCCCGGAGGAUGAACGGUUGGGUGCCUUAGUAAUGGAGGCUUUAACAACACUAUUAGCAAGUAAUGUUCAAAAUGCGAAUGUCUUUCGAGAAUGUGGAGGCGCGCGUUGCGCUCAUAAUCUAGUGCCCUAUAUAGAUUGCCGGUACCAAGCACUUGGUAUUGUCAGAGAAUUAAUACUCAGUGCGGGUGGCGAUGAUGAUAUGGCUACACUGUUGGGAGUUAUGCAUUCGGCACCUCCUAAUGCCUUGAUACUAAAGACACAUAUAUUAAAAUCUUUACUAACUUGUUUACGAGAAUCGCAUAGGACUAGGACAGUUUUCCGCAAAGUUGGAGGCUUCGUUUACGUAAUGUCGGUUCUUGUAUCUUUGGAGAGUCAAUUAGGCCCACAAAGAUCCGAGAAGAUGGAACCUUGCAAUGACAUCAUCCAAAGGACUGUGCAGGAAGAAAGCGAAUUAUUAAUAUUGUUACAUGUAGUAUUUCAUACUAUAAGUACAGCAAUGCGAUUUGAGCCAGCGAAUGCUAAAUUCUUCCAUCAUGAGAUUUGUCAAUCGAGUUUGUGUGAUACUUUACGCCUUCUUGGAUGUUUUUCAACGCAAAUAAAAAUCACUGAGAUGGACAUGAUACCAACUAUGAAUUAUCAUAAUAUGCUGGUAUCGUUAUUUACUGGGAGCGUAUUGGAACCGGUAUUUCCAGAUGACAUGCCAAAAACAUUAGGAUAUGCGUGCUUACUGCUGCGCCUGCUUUACGACGUAGCGCUCGAUUCCUUUGACAAACCAAAUUUAGCUAACGUAGGGAUGAGAUCUCCAAGUCAUAAACAGAAUUGCGUAGAGCAAAAGUCAUUUGAUUCUCCUGGAAGCGGCAAGAGAUGUAUUAUAAAUUCUUUAAACCUAAGCCCACCUGCACCUGAGCCUAUUGUAGUUCAUCCCGGCAUAGUAGUGGGAAUGCUUCAUUUACUUCCAUCCAUAUCUGAAGCGUCUAAUCCGCAAAUGGCACUAGCAUUACAAUUGUACGUGGCGGAGAUCAUCAAGAGUCUGGUGCGGUCGGAAAGAAAUCAGCAAGUCAUGUGUGAAGCUGGCAUGGCUGGAGAAUUGUUAUCUAUAGGUAGAACCGCUUUGCAAGAUGAAACGCAUCCGCUUCAUCAACCUUUGCAAUAUAUCAUAGAGAGACUCGCAGCGCAAUCGCUUGAGCCGAGAGAUCUAAGGGAGUUUCUACGUUUGGGAGAUCCGUUGUGUUGCAUUUCGCUGGACGAUAUUGAGCUGAGCAAACCUAAGGGAGGACCAGUUCCUUUAACGCGAAUUAAGACGCUGGUGUCAAUGACGACGCCCAAAGACUUCAGAGCUCACGGUUCGUGUACCUUGCCACCUUUCGUGGAACUAGAUAUGAGCGCUGAAGGAUUUGCAUGUUUGUAUCUACCGAGUGUUGCUCCGCAAAGUACUACACCUCCUACAGUUGUUUCUGCAGACAAUAGUGUACUGGGAGGCAUUGGAUCAGGUGAUAGAUUAUUCCCACCACAGACCGGCUUAACAUAUAGCACAUGGAUAUGUGUUGACAAGUUUAGCGAUCCUAGAACCGAUCCUCAUUGCGUAAGAUUGCUCACUCUGGUCCGCACUCCACAAUCCGCGAGAGAUUUAAUUUGCCUGACUGCUGUUCUUAGCGCGAGAGAUAAGGCCAUCAUUGUUUCUACCCAGGAAACACCUAUUCCACAAAAUACAGGCGAAUGGGAACCUGAAGGAACAGGGGAAUGUGGCGCCAGAGUUUGGUGUCCUGACUUACUUCACGAGGGGCAAUGGCAUCACAUAGCUAUCGUGCUAAAUCGCGCAGUUCUUAAAAAUUCGAGUUUCUCAUUAUAUUUGGAUGGACAGCAUAUCCAUAGUCAAAAGCUUCAUUAUAUCACGCAAGUUCCUGGAGGUGGAGCGGCUAAUUUGACUGUGGCUUCUCCAGUUUACGGCUACAUCGGUACACCACCCUGUUGGCGCAGAUAUUCUAGAUUGACGUGGAAACAAGGACCUUGCCACUUGGUGGAGGAAGUGUUUAAUUCCCAAAAUAUUGCCACUUUGUUUAAACUAGGACCACAUUACAUGGGAAGCUUACAAGCUCCACAAUUAAGCGGUCCUGAACCUCUAACACCUCUUGUAGCUGAAGAAAAGGUUGUGUUUGGAUUAAAUGCAAAAGCUAUGUCGCAAUUAACUUUAGCUAAAAUUAGGAAGGUGUACAGCCGAGCUGAUAAUAAAUCAAUCGCUAAGCAGCUUGGCAUGUCAUCCCAUGAGAAUGCCACACCUAUUAGAGUUCUUCAUAAUUCCGCGGGACAUCUUAGUGGCCCAGCCAGAGCAUUAGGUGGUGUAGUUGUUGGUUAUCUCGGCGUUCGUGUAUUUAAUCCUAAACCAGUAGCUACUAUGAUCGACAACGUAGGAGGAUGUUCGGUGUUAUUAGGUUUAAUAGCUAUGGCCCAAGAUGUAGAAUCUUUGUAUGCGGCUGUAAAGGCACUAGUUUGCGUAGUGAGAUCGAAUCAGGCGGCCCAACAAGAAAUGGAUCGCAGGAGAGGCUAUCAGACCCUGGCUAUGUUAUUGAGAAGAAAGUGUCCUCUCCUAAACAGCCACAUACUGCACUUGACGUUCAGUCUCGUGGGGACAGUCGACAGUGGCAGAGAAACCAGCGCGAUUCCUAAUGUUGUAGCAUUUCAGGACCUUUUAUGCGAUUUACAAGUUUGGCACGAAGCACCUGGAGAAUUGCUACGAUCUCUUCUUGAACACUUGUACGAAUUGAUAGCGGAGUCUAGUGAGAAGCGAACUAAUUUGCGAUUGAUGAGGGAUUUGCAACUGGUGCACAAAUUAUUGCACAUCUUAAGCGAAGUGAAGCUAAACAGCACCAGACAGAUCCUUCUGGCACUUCUUAGUAUAUUAUUAUGUCAACCACGACAAGCUGAUCUGUUAUGGUUUGGGCAAUUUAUCGUAGCCACCUUACCGCUGUGUCCUGAAAAACAUCUAGUCCUCAGAGAGGGAGAAGGAAUUAAGGACGGAGAAGGAGAGAGUAUACUUUUACGUAAUCGUUGUUUACAGCUUUUACAUUCGUUGUUGUUUAAUGGAUCCAAGAUUAAUGUAAAUAUGUGCGAGGAAGUAGCCAAAGUUUUGGGCCUAGAUUGGGCACUGCUGUUUCUUCAGUCUGGUCUUCACAGCACCACGGUUAUCUGGGGUUUACGCAUACUUGCGGCAGUAUGUUCUGUGCAAUCGAUUUUGCAGAGAUUCAAAGAGGGAACGAGCAAUGGUGGCUGGCUGCGGCAUAUUGAUCACAACAAAAUGGCACUAGCACUCGUACAUGUGGGUUGUCAGCAACAAAUGUCUACCGGUGAGGUUAAACCAUCCGGACUUCAUGUACCUGGAUUUCAACAUCUAGGCUGGUUACUUCCGCAACAUAUCGAUCUUGUUCCAGAACUCUACUUUCUCUUCAUUGCUCUCAUGAUGGGACAGCCGGUGAAAUUGUUACCUGCCGAUUCGAAGCUCGACUUGGAUAACGUUUGGAAUUUUAUGUUUGGAGUCCCGGCAAACCACACACUCUCAUCCUUUACUAGUAGAAUCAAUCUUUGUCCUGAAGCAAUGGUCACGUUACUAGUUAUGGUGCGAACUAUGCUGAAUAGUCACUUGAACAACCCGGAAACGUUGCCAACAUGGUUAAACGAUUAUCCUGUGACAAUAAUACAAUUCCUGUUCUUCCUUUACCGCAAUUUCACCGACUUUAUGCAAGUCUUUAUGUCUGCGGAAGUUUUGGGUGCCUUAGCUGGAACCUUGUUUCCGAAACCCGCAAGUUCUAGUCAGGAUAGUAGUGGUGCUAGUACCCCAGCCGAUGAGCAGGAACCAGUAUUAGUGAGAUCGCCGUCGAAAGAUGUCGGUCUGACGAAUCACCCGGCGAAAAAGUUCGUAAUGGACUUUUUCAAAGUCAUCAUCGUUGACUCACUCUCAUUGCCGGUGACGGCAAAGUCACCGGCGAUAGAUCUUGUCCUGGAAGCAUGGCCGGAACAUGCAUCGACGGGACAGCAAAUGCGUUAUCAGACAGAGGUGUUGUCUAUACUGAUGGAACAUUUGUUGGCUGCGGAUGUGUUGAUAGGUGAACAGGCUGCGUUGCCGGUUGUUCCUGGUGGAUCGGCCAAUAAUAUAACUACCAACGUUUGUUACGUGGCAGCCAGAAUAGUUGACAAAUUGUGGCAAGGUGCUUUGACAAAAGAUCCGCACGAGGUAUUUGACUUUAUCGUCAAGCUAAUUGGCCAAGCGAAAAGGCGGUCCGGUGCUGUCAGCAUGGAAGGUCUUCAUCACUGCCUGAAUAGGACAAUUUUAUUCUUAUUGUCACGUGCGACCGAUUCUAUUGCCGAUCAAAUGGCUGUAUUAGAGGCAUUACAUAAACUUACUACUCAUAGAUUAUUAGUAUUUGGUGCUGGCAAUCAUGAAUUGGAGUUUAUUGGCUGUUUAACGUAUUGCCUGUUACAACUGACGGCUGAUAUAAAGAUCAUGUUGGAUACCAAUAUGAAAACAACGUGGCACGUUAAUCCUCAAGUGGAAUCCAGCGACGAGAGAUUGACAUCUCAUCAAGGACACAAUUUAAUGGCUGUAGCGGCGACGAGAGUUUGGGAGGAGUUGUACGCGUGCAAGAAGCCUGCAAUAGAGGAAGUUUUUAAAGUAACUCUACCAGCACCUGUCGGUAACGAACGGGCGCCGGAACUAUCGGUCGUGAGAGAACAAGUUCACGAAGCUGCGUCGAAGCUUUGGUUGAAUUAUGUAGUUUCGGAACGAAGAGCCUCGUACAGAGUUCCUUGGGAAUUCCACAACCAAAUCCAAUCGAAAAUCCAAAAAGUGACGGGAGGAUUGACGAGAUUGGCGAGCCGGACGAAGGUGCGAAAGGAGGAAUCUGUGCGCGUAAGAAUCAGAUUGCAUCAGAAUACGGUUGCCCAGUGGACAGAGCAGCAUGUCGCAUUAGUCCGGGAACUUGCUGCAGUAAGACGUCUACAACACCAACAGACCAAUCUGCACACUCAACGCUACGUAUAUCAGGAAUGGCUACAAACCGAGACAGAAUUGACUAGAGAACGUGGUCUUUGGGGACCUCCGAUACCCACUAUACUCGACAAAUGGAUGUUAGACAUGACUGAAGGACCGUGCAGAAUGCGAAAGAAGAUGAUGAAGAACGAACUGUUUUACAUACAUUAUCCGUAUCGGCCUGAAUUAGAGCAUCCUGAUAACAAACAACUAAAGUACAAAGUAGCGACGAGCAUAGAUAGCAAGGAUUACUAUCUAAAGCAACUCGGCAAUUCAUCGGGAAUGUUUGAACGCGAGCGAGACCCCGUUAUAGACGAUACGCCGUUAAACGUUAACGAAACUUCCACCGAGAGUGAACCACCGAUGGUUCCGUGCACACUGGAACGCCACGCCAGCGAGCCAGAUGAAGCUCCCGACGAUAACGAACAGGAAGAAGAGAAUAAUCAAACUGUUCCAGACAAUCAAACUUUGUUACGUCUGCUUGAGGAGCAUGAAAAGAUAAGUCAUAUGUUCAGAUGCGCAAGGAUACAAGGUCUGGACACAACCGAAGGUAUUCUCUUAUUCGGAAAGGAACAUUUCUACGUAAUCGACGGCUUUACACUGUCAAAGUCCAGAGAGAUAAGAGACAUAGAAAGUUUGCCGGAGACAUACGAGCCAAUCUUGCCAUCGCCAGGAUCUCCCAGAAGAUCAAGAGCGAUGAGGCAGUGCUCAAAGUUUAACUACGAGGAUAUCAGAGAAGUGCACAAGAGACGAUACUUGCUGCAACCCAUGGCGCUGGAAGUAUUCAGCGGGGACGGUAGGAACUAUUUGCUAGCAUUUCCGCGAAAAGUGAGAAACAAGGUUUAUCAAAGAUUUAUGACGUUCGCCACUGCAAUCGCCGAUAGUGCUCAGCAGUCCGUAGCCGGUCAAAGACGAACGGCGAAUGUCGAGCAGGCUACGGGCUUGCUCUCGAAUCUUAUAGGGGAAACUUCAGUUACUCAAAGAUGGGUGAGAGGAGAAAUAUCCAACUUUCAAUAUUUAAUGCAUCUGAAUACGCUGGCGGGUCGUAGUUACAACGAUCUUAUGCAAUACCCAAUAUUUCCGUGGAUCUUAGCGGAUUACGACAGCGAAGAGCUCGAUCUUACGGAUUCAUCGACGUUUCGAGAUUUCGGCAAACCCAUGGGCGCGCAAAGCCCCGAGCGAUUGUUGCAAUUUAAGAAAAGAUACAAGGAAUGGGAUGAUCCGCACGGAGAGACGCCUCCAUAUCACUACGGCACGCAUUACUCGUCAGCAAUGAUAGUGUGCUCGUACCUGGUGAGAAUGGAACCGUUCACGCAACAUUUUCUCAGAUUACAGGGUGGGCAUUUUGAUUUAGCCGAUAGAAUGUUCAAUAGCGUAAAGGAAGCAUGGCUGUCCGCUUCCAAGCACAACAUGGCAGAUGUGAAGGAACUUAUUCCGGAAUUCUUUUAUCUCCCGGAAUUCCUUAUCAAUUCGAAUCACUUUGAUUUAGGCUCUAAACAAAGUGGCGUUCAACUCGGUGAUAUCGUUCUUCCACCUUGGGCGAAGCAGGAUCCUCGUGAAUUUAUUCGUGUGCAUCGGCUUGCAUUAGAAUGCGAUUAUGUAUCACAGCAUCUCCAUCAGUGGAUCGAUUUGAUAUUCGGAUGCAAGCAAAAUGGUCCAGCGGCUGUUGAAGCUGUUAAUGUAUUUCAUCAUCUGUUCUACGAAGGCAACGUUGACAUCUACAACAUUGAUGAUCCGUUGAAGAAGAACGCGACUAUUGGUUUUAUCAAUAAUUUCGGCCAAAUACCUAAGCAGCUAUUUAAGAAACCACAUCCAGCGAAGAAAAUGACGCAGAGGACCAGUGUUAUAGAUCCUGGGCCCAUUACCCCGGGAUUGAGUAUCACUACGUCUGAUAAAUUGUUCUUCCACAAUCUCGAUAAUUUAAAACCGUCGCUGCAACCAAUCAAAGAACUGAAGGGCCCCGUUGGACAGAUAUUGCACGUUGAUAAAGCCGUGUUAGCAGUGGAACAGAACAAGACGCUCAUCCCUCCCUCUUACAACAAAUAUGUAGCAUGGGGAUUCGCCGAUCAUUCUCUCAGAAUAGGAAACUACGACAGCGACAAAGCGAUUUUUGUUGGCGAGGCUAUGAUGCAAAGCAGCGGGGAGAUAGUGGCGUGCGUUUGUCCAUCUUCCAAAUUGAUAGUUACUGCUGGCACCAGCUCUGUUGUGACUGUUUGGGAAUACGCCAAGCGGCAACUUUCUAUAAAGCAAUGCCUGUACGGACAUACCGAUGCAGUCACGUGUUUAUCGUCCAGUCCCGCGUACAACGUCAUCGUGUCCGGAUCGCGGGAUGGUACGGCGAUCAUAUGGGACUUGUCCCGAUGCUUGUUCGUGCGUCAGCUUAGAGGUCAUGCAGGACCAGUGGCUGCAGUGGCCAUAAAUGAAUUAACGGGAGACAUAGCUACGUGCGCAGCUACGUGGUUACACGUGUGGAGCAUCAAUGGGGAAGAAUUGGCGAGCGUCAAUACAUGCGUUGGCCGUGCUGACAGAAUGCAACAAAUAUUAUGCGUCGCUUUCAGUCAGACUCACGAAUGGGAUUCUCAGAAUGUUAUCAUGACCGGCUCCACUGAUGGCGUUGCCCGUAUGUGGUCGAUGGAUUACGUGCAAGUACCUGCGGAAGAAGAAAAACCUGAAGAAAUAGUGACUGCCAAAGAAAAGAACGAGAAACAGAGCUCGGAAGAAAAUCAAACGGAAACGACGAUGAAGAGAGUUCAGGAAUUAGUCAAGCAAAUGAGUAUAUCCGCUGAGGGAUCAGGUAUACUUGUGAAAAGUGGCUCUGAGAGUAGUCUCUCUGAAACGGAAAACGCCAAGGAAGCAUCCAGACAUCACGAGGAAAAAGAGGAGUGCUCCGAUAACGAGUCGAGUAAUGGUUCCAGUAAUAAACCUUCACCACAAAACAAUCAUGCGUCUUUGGUCGUGCUACGUAGAAAAAGUCGUGGGAAUCCGAUGUUUCGGAAAAGCGAAGGCGGUGGACGUGCUGACAGCGAGGGCACACAAACUAGUGAGUCCACCAGCAAUCCAGGAGAUUCCGAAGGAGCAUUGCGGGCUAGCAAAAGUGAUACCAGUUUAACAGAUAGUUUCGUUAUGGUUACCGAAGCUGACACAAAGCCACGAAAGAUCAAUCCACAAAACAUCCUGCGGGACGGCUUCAAGUGGCAAAGACAAUUGGUAUUCCGCAGUAAAUUAACCAUGCAUACUGCCUACGAUCGUAAGGACAAUGCAGAACCGGCGUCUAUUGCAGCUCUAGCAGUAUCAAGGGAUCACAGAACAGUGUAUGUGGGCGAUACCCGUGGUCGAGUAUUUUCAUGGAGUGUAUGCGAACAACCUGGACGCACAGUCGCUGAUCACUGGUUGAAAGACGAAGGAGCAGAUUCUUGCGUCGGUUGUGGCGUCAGAUUCAAUCUGUACGAAAGAAGGCAUCAUUGUCGCAACUGCGGACAAGUAUUCUGCUCAAGAUGCAGCCGAUUCGAGUCCAAGAUAUCCAGGCUUGGUAUCUUAAAACCGGUUAGAGUUUGUCAGGGUUGUUAUUCGUCAUUACGGUCUCAAAGUAACUCUACUGAGAGUAAUACUUAAUACGACAGUAUGAAAACUUAUCUAAAUCGUUAAAUUGUAUGGAAAACUUUAGUGAGUUGUAAAUAAUUAUGUAUAUCAACUAACAUUUUUCGUUGAAUUUUACAUGAACAACUCAAGGUAUGCGAUUUGUUCCUUUCUGCGUGAAAUUAAACGCGUAAUUUAUUACAUCCUUUAUGGAUAUAUGAGUUAAUACAGUCCUGAUUUUAUUCAUAUCUAGUAAGCAAGGGUUGUUGCAUUUUUAUUUUAAUGACAUUAUUAAUUAGCUUGAUUGAAACAACAGCAAAGAAUGAUUGUCAUAGAUAUUUGUUAGACUGUACAUUCCUACCGAUUGUGUUUUAAGUUAGGCAUAGAAUAUUAUUAAUUUGCGAGAAACAAUUCUAAUAUAUAUGAAAAUAUUAAUUAAUAUUUAAUAACUUUAGUCCC